UCGACUUGAAACCCAAUAUUAAGAUGCUGAGCCAGCUGGGUCUACUCAUGCGCCACCACCGCCUAGUUGUCGAAGCAUCGCCUCUCCACAGCCGCUAUCGUAGGAUUCUUGCUACCCAAAACUUCCAAAUAAAUCGGGAUCAACCCAUUUUGCUUCCCUGCUUUAAGCCUCAAUUGGGAAUUCAAGGUUACUAUUUAUUACUCUUCAACCCCUCCUCUUGUUUCUAUUCUCCCAUUUUCUUCCUACUUGCCACGGAGGUGUCAUGAGAGAAUUAGUUUCUGAUUGAAUCUCAUCUAUUGGAUUUCACCUGUGUUUUAAUCUAGAGAUAUGAAUUGCUAUAGAAAAUCAAAGUUUGCAUUUGAUGCAUUUCGGAAUUUUUCUUCAAAGAUUUUUCCCAAAGAUUCAAUUCAAGGUUCUAGAUCGAGAAUUUCCCAUAGUGGGUAUUCGUUUCCAUCUGGGAAAACGUCUAAUUCUCAUGGGUUUCAAUCGGUUUCUCCAAUUAUACAAAGAUUUGGAAGACAAGUUGGGGAGAUUAGGAGGCAAUACAAUCCCUUCUUUGGUGAUUCCAAGAGAUUUUACUAUGUCGAUCGCUAUCGUGUCCAGCAUUUUAAGCCAAGAGGCCCUCGGCGAUGGUUUCAAGAUCCAAGAACUGUAUUGAUUGUUGUAGUUGCGGGUUCUGGAGUUUUUAUCACUGUGUAUUAUGGGAAUUUAGAAACCGUACCUUACACAAAACGAAGGCAUUUCGUGCUAUUGUCCAGAACUAUGGAGAGGAGACUUGGAGAGUCUCAAUUUGAGCAAAUGAAAGCAGCUUUUAAAGGUAAAAUAUUGCCUGCUGUACACCCAGAAAGUGUGAGAGUUAGAUUGAUUGCUAAGGAUAUAAUUGAGGCAUUACAAAGAGGGUUGAGGCAAGAGAAUGUGUGGAGUGAUUUAGGCUAUGCAUCAGAGGCUGUGAUUGGAGUUCCUGAAGGGAGUGGCCGUGAGACAUUGAUGGCACUUAGAGAUUCUGGGGCUGAGAAGUUGGAAGGUAAAUGGUACCGUGAAGAUGAGAUCCAUGAUGACAAAUGGGUUGAGCACAGUCGAAAGAAGGGUCAGGAAAAGGGGUCCCAAGCAAAUACCUCACAUUUGGAUGGAUUGAAUUGGGAAAUUUUGGUGGUGAAUGAGCCAGUUGUUAAUGCCUUUUGCUUGCCUGGUGGGAAGAUUGUUAUUUUCACUGGCUUGCUUGAGCACUUUAGAAGUGAUGCAGAAAUUGCUACUAUUAUUGGUCAUGAGAUUGGGCAUGCUGUGGCUCGGCAUGUUGCAGAGGGUGUUACAAAGAACUUGGGGUUUAGCAUUUUGCAACUUAUCCUUUAUCAGUUCGUCAUGCCUGAUAUUGUCAACGCUAUGUCAACGCUUUUCUUGAGGCUUCCUUUCUCUAGAAGGAUGGAAAUAGAAGCAGAUUACAUUGGUCUGCUUUUGAUUGCCUCUGCUGGAUACGACCCGAGGAUUGCGCCCACGGUGUAUGAGAGGUUGGGUAAGUUGACCGGUGAGUCUGCCCUGAGAGAUUAUCUUUCAACUCAUCCAUCUGGAAAGAAGAGAGCUCAGUUACUAGCUCAAGCAAAGGUUAUGGAGGAAGCACUUACACUUUACAGAGAAGUGAGAGCUGGGUGUGGGGUUGAAGGUUUCCUAUAAGAACUCCCAAAACUGUCAUAGUUUGGAGCAGUUUCGGGUGCUGAGAUGAUAUAGAAUGUGGAGAGUUCUGAUAUCUAGAGAGUUCUGAUAUCUGAUUUGGGUGUGCAGGUUGUUUUGUCAGUGGUAUCUAAUUUAGUUUUUGUACUCUAUAAUAAUUUGCCAAACACUAUUUCUUUUUUUUUUAAAUCUUAUAAUCCAAUUAUUGUAUCCAUCCUAUUUGGAAUAAGACAUUGAUUGUAUUUUUUAAUUCUUUCUAAUCUCAA